AGAAGCCACAAAAAAAUUUUUUCCUUUACAAUUCAUAUUUCUCUACUUUUGCUUCAAGUUUAAGAAUUAUUAGCACAAAAUUCAUUAUUGAUUAAUAAUAUAAAAUCAUUUGGAAAAAGUUGAUAAAAAUCCCAGUUUUAUCAUAAGAAACGCUAAUGUUGAAGGCGAGCACUUCACGAGAAACUGCGCACCAGGCCGAGGCUCAAGCGCCGAAUUCGUGCAAUGAGAACAACAACAACAGUGUACCGUUGGGCAAGGAGGUAGAGGAGGAUAACAUGCAGAGACGAAGCAGUAGUCGUAAAUAUGAUCGAAACGAUGCUGGUCACUAUGCGAACAAUAUGUCAGGAGAUGAUAGUGACGAAAGCACCGAUCGCAGAAUGACAACAACGCGAAAAUCGCGUAGAAUCCAGCCAACCGAUGCGCAAGACUAUGACGGCGGCGUAUCGGAUUGCAGCCACUGUCGAAAGCAUCGUAUGGCGCGAGCGCGACGCAAUCGUCGCAGGAAGUCACGUUCACGCAGUCGUCGUCGCCGUCGUUAGAUUUUUAUUGUGAAGUUUGAAUUUGGUGAAAUUUUAUGUGUGAGACUUUUGAGCUAAAUUGAUUUUAUGGAAAUUUAUUAUGCGAAAUAAAAUGGUAGUGAGUCAAAGACAUGUUUGAUAAACGUAAA